UGCAAAGUUCGGAACGCGCGAGUGGGUGUUCGACCUGGAGUAGAGCAAGCUUUCCAAAGGCCCGUUGGCUGCAAGACCUUCUCAGAUGACUUUUGCUGCAGGGUCUAAACGACGAAUGCUUGGAAGCUAUCAUAUGUGGGGAAUGAGUAAGCUUGCGAGCGUUGGAUGCGGCGUACACGGUAUGAGAAGUGGACACACAGUAGCUGCCCGAAAAGGGCAUUGGCUGGACAGUGACCGUCAGCUGAGAAUUGCAUCCGCGGCGGCGUCCUUCGACACGAGACUCAUCAUAGUGUAAGACACGGGGAAUCCUUCAUGUUCCUUCAGGGCCGCACAAAUGUACCUCGUUCGCAAAGGGUCAACAUUCGUCGGCGGCCCCACUACGGACCACUCCUAAUAGCAAUGGAUUUCCCUUACACAGGAGGUCCAACUUCGGCGGUGAGGCUGUGGUGGGAAGAAAGAGGCUUCGUAGUUGAAUUGCCUCCUUGGAGUAAGCUCGCUCUAUUGGCAGCUCAAUCUCUCAGCGUCGAACCGGGUGACGCUAAAGUAGCGGACCAAUCGACAAAUCUCUGCGAGGGAAGCUCCCACAGGACUGUGCUGUUGGCCAUUUACCGCUCGAACUUGGAAGACAGAUACGCCGUUGGACUCUCUGAGAGGUAUAGGGCAAAGGACUGGCUCUUCUCCGAUGCUGCGACCUCUGCGGUCGUCGCAACGGCUACCGUCGUUUUGGAGCUGCCUGGCAGCGAGUGCAAUAUGUUCACUCUGGAGUUGCCUUCCCGGUCAUGCGGCCCGUACGGAAGGUACCGUAUCUGGGCCCACUCCCCACGGCGAGGGUGGGAACACCAGCUGAUUGAAUUUUUUGUGCUUUGCUUAGUUGCGGUGCUGGUAAAGCCAUUGUUCGACACCUCUGCCACGGACGAGCUUGCUCUGUAUACACAGUUGACACAACAGUUCCAAAAGGAUACCGGCAUUGCUAUUACAGUGUCUAUGGGUGUGACGUUCAGUGCCGAUCCAGCAGCCUAUUACCAAACCGCGAAAAAGUACAUUGAGGAUCAUAACGAUGUUUACGAUAUCAUCGCAUUGGAUCAAUCAUGGCUCGACACCUGGCCAGGAAAUAAGUACUUCGUAAACCUUUUCAAGGACGAGAUCAGUGGAACGAACUCCAACAUGACGGAUUUAUUUGCCUCUCGUGUUUUAAACGACGAGAAUGAGGCAACGACGGAAGCGGACUCCUCGCCUGAUGGCUUAAUGGCGAUACCACUCUGGAACGACUUCUCUGCAUUGUUCGCGCGAAGCGACUUACUCACCAAGUAUAACAUAAGCAUCCCCAUUUCUUACCAACAAAUGGUGGAAGCGUGUCAAAAGAUUCUACCGGCGGAGCAAGUGAAUCGGCGCUCUUUGCAGUGUUUCGUGUCUGGCAUGAUAGGUCAGGAAGUGGUGGAUUUCAUGGGCGAGCUUGUUUACAACAACAACACCACUCCCUUGAUAAACUUCCCACAAACGCCGACCUUUGACACAGGGAAGAAUGCUGCAAUGUUGAAUCAAUUCAGGUCUUGGAUCGUAGACUCGCACUUCAUGACGGAACGUUCAAUGCAGUACGACUAUGGAACCGCACUGAACAUAUGGACCCUCGGCGACUCCGUAUUCUAUCGAGGGAAAUUCUCCUCUCUGCACCAGACAUAUACCCAAUGGCAAGGGAAAGGAUGGGUCCCGGCGGUGAUACCGGGGAAUAGUCCGAAUGCGGAGACGCAAAUGUACUCGACGCCUGGUGGGUAUCACCUCGCGAUGACGAAACAUGGAGAAAACAAGAACGAUAGCGCUGUCGCGGAAGCCUUACUCUUCUUGACUGGGCCUGUCGUACAGAAGGAACGAGCGCUUCGUUUUGGGGCACCUCCUAGUCUCAAAUCAUUAUCCGCAGACCCGGUGACAUGCCAGGCUACGAAUUGCACCAUCACCCCAUUCCUGAUCGAUAAGACAUCGUCCCCCAAUGCAGCACCUUUGUGGGUCGAGGCCUCCGCAGCAAUGGCCCCUUGGUUUACGAAGAUUUUCGACGGGACGGUGGAUCCAAAAACCGGCCUGGCAAGCGCAAAGAUUGCGGUCCUCGACGUAUUUAGUGGGGCGGACUCGGGUCUUUCCACCAAAGCGGUGAUUCUUCUGGCGGUCCUCAUCCCAAUCGCAGCAGUCGCCCUCUUGGUAGGAGGGUUCCUUCUAUACAGGAAGAGGCGGAUACGAAACAGUGAGAGAGAGCGGAAAAUCGAAGACUUUGAAAUUGCGGCGAAUGCAGGUUCGGGGACACCGGAAAUGUCGCAGACGACGACCUCCGAUGCUACGCGUAUGAACUUCUCAACACGGCCCGCUCGCUCGGCGCGGGACCCGGCGAAGCCUGCCGAUCUGAACCAGCGCGUGAUGGACGCCAAAACAGCGGGCGCGACCGCAGCCGCAGCAGGCGCCGGGAUUGUCGCAAUUUCCACAUCACCAAGCGACGCGGAGAACCACACCAGCGACUUGCCAAAUCGUGGAAGGGACGGUGAAAUCAUGACCGGUGACGAAUCCAGCGGCCACGUCCGGGGUCGCGGCGGGAACCGCACGUCGUCCAGCGACAUGGUCCAACGGUUCACAGUUAUCCACCCUUACAAACCAAAACUGGCGGACGAGAUUGAGCUCAAACCAGGCGACGUUGUAUCGGUCCGUCUCGCCUACGACGACGGCUACGCAUUCGGGCAGAACGACCGAGCUUACGCGGCCGGUGUGUUCCCGCUGGCAUGUCUCCUACCCGUCGGCAUGGAACUCGGGCUCCCCUCGCGGCUGGAAUCCGGCGCAUCUAACGUGCAAGCCAUGCAACACGCGCCGGAGAAAGUGGACUCGCUGGAGAUGUUGCUGCUGAGCGGGAAGAUCACGGAGGGCACGUAUCUUGCUUUGAGGAGAGAGCAGGAGGACGAGAUGAGGACGCAGCGGCAGAUUGCGGCGCUCAGGGAGCGGUUGGCUGCUCCGAAUCUGGAGGAGGCUGAGAGGAAGAAGUUGCAGAAGCGGUUGGAUGAGAUUGAAUUGGGGAUUGAUGAUGAUGAUUAG